AUGCAAUGCUACACUGAACUCGUCCCGCCCACCGCCGUCACCCACGCCGUCGCCCUGCCCUUCCUGGGCCCCAAUGAGAGGAAUCUGGUGGUCGCAAAGACUUCACUGCUGCAGGUCUUCAAUGUCACGCGACUGCGCGAUGGGCGCGAGAAGCUGUCGUUGGUCGGAGAGUACUCGCUCUCGGGUACUGUGAGCUCAAUAGCACGGGUGAAGACAUUGGAUACAAAGUCGGGAGGGGAGGCCGUCUUGCUGGCUUUCAAGGACGCGAAGCUCAGUCUGCUGGAAUGGGAUAAGGAAAACUAUCGCACUUCCACCAUCAGCAUCCACUACUACGAAGCGGAGAAUGUCAGAAUAGAGCCGUUCGGGCCUACUCUUGCCGAAUGCGAAAACAUCCUCACCGUCGACCCGAGCUCGAGAUGCGCUGCCCUGAAGUUUGGCGCGAAGCAAUUGGCCAUCCUCCCUUUCAGGCAAUUCGGCGAUGAGCUGGUUGGGGACGAGCAGGAGCAAGGACUCGACGCAGUACCAGCGUCAGCGACAGUCAAGACACAGGAGUCGGUGCCACAGGAUGGGGAGGGUGAACACGAGGAAACUCCAUACAAGGCUUCAUUCGUUUUGCCUACUACCGCUCUGGAUCCGACAUUAAGCCAUACUGUGUCUCUGGCCUUCCUACACGAGUACCGCGAGCCGACAUUUGGCAUUCUGGCCGCACCCGUAGAGCCUUCCCUCACGCUACUGGAUGAGCGCAAGGAUGUCCUGACGUACACGGUCUUCACGCUGGAUCUGGAGCAGAAGGCAUCGACCAAUCUCAUCACUGUUCCGAAGCUUCCGUCAACGCUGUGGAAAGUCAUACCGCUUGCUCUGCCAAUAGGAGGUGCUCUCCUGGUCGGCACAAAUGAGCUUGUACACAUCGAUCAGAGCGGGAAGGCCAAUGCCACAGCUGUCAAUGAGUUCGCCAAACUCGAAAGUGACUUCGGGAUGGUGGACCAGUCGCAUCUGAGUCUCAAGCUUGAGCACUGCUGCAUCGAGGCACUAGAUCCAAAGACCGGCGAGCUAUUGAUGGUUCUGUAUGAUGGUUCACUUGCUACGAUAUCUUUUCAAACGAUGGGACGAAGCAUUAGUGCGCUGAACGUCACGAAGAUCUCGGGGAAUAGAGGUGGCUAUGUUGUAAGCGCAGCACCAUCAUGCCUGACCAGAGUAGAUGGCGGCAAGAUGUUUGUAGGCAGCGAGGAUGGCUCUUCAUCACUCCUAGGCUGGAGUCGCCCAACUGCAUCGUUGAGUAGAAAGCGUUCGCACGCACAGAUGCGGGGCAAGGAGCCCGACGACGACGACGAUGAUGAUGAAGCCGUUGAAGAGGAUGACGAUGACCUUUAUGAUGCCGAACCCGAGACAAAGAAGCGAGCGCUCUCGUCUGCCGAGCUGAAUUCGGCCGAGAUGGCUGCCUCAUUCGCCCUCAAGGACACGCUUCCAUCGAUAGCGCCAAUAAAUGACGCCUGCGUCGGCAGGCCCGGUGAUUUUCAAGCAGACAAGCUGCAGUUGCUUGUUGGCUCAGGGCGAGGAGAGGGUAGUAAGCUAUCGUGCAUGAGUCGCGACAUUGUCACCAACAUAAAGCGGACAACUCGAAUGGACAAUGCAAGAGCUGCUUGGGCUAUCCGCACAAAAGACUCUGUGGAUGGGUACGACAACUUACUCUUCGUGUAUAAUGGCAACGACACGAAACCUCACGAUUUGACGUCCGCUACAACUGAAGACGAUGCGUACACAGAACGUCCUGCUCCUGAGUUUGAGAGCGAAGGCGAGACGCUUGAUGUUCAGACAUUGGCGGAAGGCAAAAUCAUCGUUCAAGUACGGCGAUCAGAGCUCCGAACGUACGAUGCCAAACUCGCAUUGAACCAGAUCAUACCGAUGGUAGAUGAUGAAACAGAUGAGGAGUUCAACAUCGUCCACGUCUCUUUCUGUGAUCCCUUUGUUCUUGUGGUCAGGGACAACAGCAGUGUACAAGUUCUACAGGUGCAAGGGAGAGAGAUUGAGCCAUUGGAAGCAGAAGGUGCUGUCUCAGGAUCCAAGUGGCUCGGUGGAUGCGUCUAUAGUGGAAGCUUCACCCAAGGAACUCCUGCGCUGUUUCUGCUGGGUGCAGAGAGUGGAAUGCACAUUUUCAAUCUUCCGGCCUUGGAGGAGAUAUACGUUGCUCCGACUCUUCGACAGCUGCCCCCUCUGCUCACGACAGAUCCACCUCAACGCCGAGCUGGUCCCAAAGAAGCACUGACGGAGCUUCUCGUGGCCGAUCUAGGAGUGGAAGGCGUCACGCAGCCAUAUCUUGCGUUACGAACAGCUAUCGACGAUAUCGUACUGUACGAGCCAUUCACUUACGCGCAAAACACUGCUUCGGAUACGUGGUAUGCCAAUCUGCGGUUCAGGAAAGUUCCUUUUCAUUACAUCCCGAAAUACAACGAAGCGAUUGCAGCCGAUGAGAGUACACGUCCACUACCUCUCAAGGCGCUGCACGUAGGCGACAGCGAUACCAUCAUGAUACCCGGCGCACCACCUUCUCUGCUCCUGAAGGACGCAUCAAGUCUUCCGAAGACUCUGGAAGUGAGACCGACACGAACUUCAACUCAUGUCGCCGUACUCUCAGCAAUCAAUCGUCCUGGAUGUGAGAAUGGAUUCAUAGCGAUUGAAGAAGAGGGGAGUUUGACAGAGGCUCAGUUGCCUACUGAUACGUGGUACGGGACUGGAUGGAGCGUCAAGCAAAUGUCUAUCGGUGAGGGUGCCUCGGAGGUACGGCACCUAGCCUACCACGAGACAAGAGGCAUGUUUGUGGUGGCUACUAGUAGGGAUGUGGACUUCUACUUUGCGGAGGAAGAUGGCAGACAUUCGGAGCAAGACGGUAGGCUGACCUUGACUUUUCUUUUUCCUUGAAUCGACGCUGACCAUUGCCAUAGAUAUCUCCCUCAGGCCCCAAGUCCCACAGUACACAAUACAUUUGAUAUCGUCGAGAUCAUACCGGAUCAUCCACUCAUUCAAUAUGCCCUACUUGGAGACCGUCACGGCGCUUCAGGUCAUGCCUCUGGAAGUGUCGGAGCACUCUCACGUACAAGAACUGCGGAUCGUGGUCGCAACAGCCGCUCAGCGUGGCGAAGACAUGCCGGCCAAGGGCGCCAUAGCUGUCUUCGACGUACUGGACGUUGUCCCGGAGCCAGAUGUUCCAGAGAGCGGUUACAAACUCCACGUUGUUGCGAGAGAAGAGUCACGUGGCGCCAUCACCGCUCUCGCUGCUUUCCCUGGUGGCUUCAUCGGUACUGCUCAGGGCCAAAAGAUCAUGAUCCGCGGACUCAAAGAGGAUGGCUCCUGCCUUCCAGUCGCUUUUCUCGACGCACAGUGCCAUACCAGUACCAUCAAAACCCUCGGAAGCAAGGGCAUGUGGCUCGCGGGCGACGCAUGGAAAGGUCUUUGGUUUGGCGCCUGGACCGAAGAACCUUACAAGCUGAAUAUUCUCGGCCGAAGCCCCAAGACGAAAAUGGAAGUCAUGGCGGCUGACUUCCUUCCCUUCGAUGGUACCCUUCACCUCCUCAUCAUGGAUGCGGAUAUGCGCAUGCACGUACUGCAAUAUGCGCCCGAGGAUCCUAGUACUCAAAAUGGGCUGAGAUUGGUGCAUAAGAGUACGUUCCACGUGGGGAACUUUGUCACGAAAAUGAUGCUCGUGCCUUCGACUCUCGCGCCGACCGCGGAACAGCAGGUCUUCGCCAAUGGCGAAACGGAAGAACAGCAGCAGCAGCAGCAGCAGCGAGAAGAAGACGAAGAACCGCAGACCUUAUUCCACGUCCUCACUACUUCCCUCUCGGGCUCCAUCGGACUCGUCACGCCUCUCGACGAAUCUUCCUAUCGGCGUCUCUCCCAAUUGCAAGGCCAUCUCACUUCGAUCCUCGAACAUACCGCGGGCUUGAACCCACGGGCAUAUCGAGGCGAGACGGGUGGCGGUGUAGGCGGUGGAAAGGGCAUUGUGGAUGGGAAUCUGGUGAGGAGGAUUCAGGAACUGGGAGCUGCGCGCAAAAGUGAUGUCCUCAGUCGUGCUGGGGCGGAUAUGUGGGGGCUGAGGAGUGAUUUGGAAAUUAUAGGUGGUGGAGGGUUGGGAUAUCUCUGA